CAGAAUAUAAAAGCUGAAGCCUGCAAAAGGACGUGGCUUUGAAAAGCAAGGCCAGAGAUCAAUAUGGACUAUAAACUUCAUAGAGUAAAAGUCUAUGUCGUGGUGGAAAACAAGCAGUGGAAAGACAUAGGCACAGGACAAAUUUCAUCCAAAUACAGUGAACAGCUCCAGGGUGUGUGCCUGCUUGUUCACUCAGAAUCAGAUGGCUCACCAAUUAUUGAGUGCAAGAUACAUCCUAACGUGCCCUAUCAGAAACAACAAGGGGAUGUAAUCAUUUGGUCUGAAGCUAAGAACCAUGGUAUGGCAAUACAUUUCCAGGAACCAAAUGGUUGUCAAGAGAUCUGGGAAGACAUCUGCAAAGUUCAAGGUAAAGAUCCAAGUGUAGAAAUCACACAAAAACAUACUGAUGACCUAGAAAAUUUUGAAGAACUUCCACCACUCAGGAAUCUGAUUGAGAUGUCAAACUGUGAACUCCAUACCCUUGAAAACAUUGUAAAUUUCUUUCCUUGUAUCGAUGAAAUGCCGAGCCACAAGGAAAAGCUGGUGCUGGCCUUGGAAAAUGAAGGUUACAUUAAAAAAAUGCUACAGCUGUUCCACACUUGUGAAAAGCAUCAGAACAAGGAAGGCUUACACCAUUUGAAUAGCACCAUUAAAGGAAUUCUGUUUCUAAAUGAUACUCGCUUGUUUAAGAUCAUGUUUUCUGAUGAAUUCAUCAUGGAUGUGAUAGGAUGCCUUGAAUAUGGCCCUGGUUUAGAUCAGCCAAAGCUGCACAGGAAAUUCUUGACUCAAAAUGUCAAAUUCAUGGAUGUUGUGCCAAUAACACACUCCAAACUUAGGCAAAAAAUACACCAGACCUACAAAAUGCAAUAUGUUCAUGAUAUUAUGUUGCCUUCCCUAUUCAUAUCUGAAACAAAUCAUCUUUCUGAACUUACCACCAUGAUUGUUUUCAAUAAAAUUGAAAUAAUUACCAUGCUGCAGAAAGAUAAAACAUUUUUGCUUGAAAUUUUUGCACAGCUGAAAGAUAACACUGUAGGUGAUGAGAGAAGGCAUGAAUUAUUAUUAUUCUUUAAGGAAUUCUGUGCAUUUGUUAAGACAUUACAGCCUCAUAAGAAAAAUUCAUUACUGAAAUCACUGAUGAAGCUUGGAAUCAUGAGUGCUCUGAAAGUUGUAGUGCACAUGAGUGAUUACCAAAUGCAAGUAGUUGCUCUAGAUAUAUUUGCUUAUCUAGUCGAAUAUAGUCCAUGCCUAGUCCGGGCAUAUGCAAUGGAAGAAGCUCAGGGCAGUGAAGAUAAUGAUGACCUUCUCAUUAAUAUAAUGAUCAAACAAAUGAUCUGUAAUUCUGAUCCUGAAUUUUCAAAAGGCAUCAUUUUGACAGCAGUUCUUCAAGCGCUUCUUAAUCCAGAAAAUAUGUGUGUCACAGGUAAAGGAUGUGACAGAAGGAAAUUUCUGAAUUUCUUCUAUACCUAUUGCAUGAGUAACCUCAUAGCACCAAUUUUGUCUAUAACAGUAGAAAUUGACAUCCAUGAUGAUAAUAGGGCUAACAUCUGCCCUGAUCAUUAUCAAAAUGCACAAUUCCUUGGAGCAGUUUUAGAAAUACUAACGUUUUGUGUGCAACACCACUCAACGUACAUAAAAAGUUGUAUUUUGAGUAACAACUUGCUCAGUAGAAUCUUGGUGCUGAUGAAUUCAAAGCACACUUUUCUAAUUUUGAGUGCUGUCCGGUUUAUGAGAAAGAUGAUUGGCCUUAAAGACAAAACUUAUAAUCUUUACAUAAUUAAGAAAAACCUUUUUGAACCAGUUGUAAAUGCUUUUAUGCUGAAUGGAAAUCGGUACAAUAUGUUAAAUUCAGCUAUCAUUGAGCUAUUUGAAUUUAUAAGAGAAGAAAACAUCAAGAAUCUUAUUGCAAACAUUGUUGAAAAAUUUUUUAUGGCUUUUGAAUCAAUUGAGUAUGUCCAGACCUUUAAAGGGUUGAAAACUAAAUACGAAGAAGAAAAGAAAAGAAAACGUCGAAUAAGAAGACAUUUACAUAAAAUAAUCUACCCAAAAAUAUGUUGUCGACAUGUCAAAAUUAUGAAGGUAAAAGUAAAGGCAGACAUAUGUUGUAGAAGAGUCAGAAAAAAAGGUGCUAUUCUACCAAUGAAAAAUGAUUUUCCAAGUCAUUAUGAUAUACUUAUGAAAAUUAGAGAAACAAAUGAAAGUGAAAAUGAAAUAGAACACCCAAAAAGAAAAUCAUCUGAAGACUUUAAAUGUUCCCCAUCACAUGAGGAUGCUUCUGUUAACAGAAUGAGUAGGUCACACUGUAGCAGCCUGGUUCCUUUAGUGGAUUACCCAUACGAUACUAAUGAUGAGAAUGAUGAUGAUCCUUAUGAUAAUGAUGACAAUGAAGAUGAAGACAAAGAUGAAGAACCCCCGAAAAAAAGACCUAAUCUGAAUUCAUAAAAUCAUAUAAGGCCUUCAAUUCCUAAAAUGCUAUAGAUAUCACCAACUGAAAAAUCCAACUUAAAAAAUCUUUCCACUAUGGACUUUAAAUUAUUGUAUAAUGUGGAGCAGAGUAAUGAAUAAGAGACCUCAAUUUUAUAUAAAUAAAAUAUCCUAAAAUACAGAUGCAUAGUAUAAAAUAAACAGCAAAUGAGUAAUAACUUCUAAUUAAGAACAUUUCAUUUUAGCAGCAUGAUUUGGGAGUAGGAAAGAGCUUGAUAAAGUAAUACAAUUUUUACUAAGUUCUUUAUAAUUGAAAUGGCUACAAAGUUUUUAUUGCAAAACCUACUUUCUAAAAAGAUCUAGCACUGACAUUCUUUCCAUAAAUUGAAGUUUGUUUAAAGUAUCAUUUGUUUGUAUGGAAGACAAAGUCACAUUAAAGUAAAACUAAAGUGAGACUUUCAUCA